CGGCUCCUCCAAAGCGAACUCAACCUCUAUCGUCAUUCGUUGCCUGACAGUCAGCAGCGGCGGAUCGGAGCAGGCAUCGCUGGCUCUCCCACCUCUCCCUCCUCUCCUCCACUCGUGAACUCGGGACUAAACUGGGAUGCUUUUUACGCACACUUAACGUCGCCUUUUUACGUGUCUGCACCAAAUAAGGAAGCACCCCAGAAUUGCUCUACGCGUGGACGAAAUUGGAUUUAAUUUGGAGACUAUUUGGAUCAAGCAGAGACAACACAUCGCGGAAAUAAAGGGUGUAGCGGACACGUCGCGUUGGUCCGGCCCAUCAUGCCCGUUGUCUUGACGACAGACAGGAAGUGAACGCGUGAAGCUGCUGGGGCCACCUGCUGGGAUGAACAUGCCACUGCACCAGAUCUCGGUCAUUCCCCGAGAGGUCUCCAUGUCCAGGGUCACAGGCAGCAGCAAGGCCAAAGACAAAGACAAGCAGAAUGAAAAGCAGCUGGGUCACUCGGCGAGCAGGUCCAGCAAUAUCUCAAAGGCGGGGAGCCCAACUUCAGUGAACGCUCCGUGCAGCUUCUCGAGAACGUCUGUGUCACCAUCCAGUCAGGACAUCUGCAGCAGUGAGGAUAGCCAGGAUGUCCCCAAGCAGACAGCUGUAGUUCUCGUAAACGGAAAAUCUCACGAACCAGGAUCUACCGCGACCAUGUGCGUAGACAUUCCGAACAAUAAAGCAUCAAAACACCACGACUGGCUUUCCUUACUCCGACCAUCCGCCGUGAACAUCCGACCUCAGAGCUCCCUUCGGUUUUCCAUGUCUCUGAACGAUGUCGGACAACGCGUGGACAGCCUUUGCCGAGGACUGAACUUCAUCGACCGAACCUACUCCGACGGACAACUUGAAGCUAAAUCCGACCCAUCACCAGCCAGCGAAAAAGUCCAAAACGGAAAACUACCGACUGGAAAUCCAAACGCAUCCUUCUUAGUCCCGUCUCUCACUAACAAUUACAAAUACAUGCUCGCUGUACCUCAGCCUAGCGCUUUACCCGUCGCCCAAAACCCAACGCCCACCCUUCACCCUAAUCUUUCCUCAAACUCCUCCAACUUCCUUCGCCGAUUCCUUCCCUUUUCACGAUCCUGUACCUCGGCGAGUCUCCAGUGUUCUGAACUCGGAAGCUACACGUCUCAUCUCCACAUCGCCAAAUCGUCCAGCACUCUCCUCGAAAGCAACGAACCCAGCUUAGUCCACGACGACGUCUCCGGGGACGACGACGUGUUCGAGGAAGACCGGAAAGUUCAGAAACCGAAGCAGCUGGAAGUACCGAAAGCAGCAUCGGGCAACGUCAGCGCUCCGAUGUGCUACAUGGAUGAAGACGCGGAUUUGGACGGGUGCCCUACGCCCUUGUCCGAAAAAGCAGAGCCUCUUUCGCCGUUCUCUCUCUCGGGGGACUGCUGCAGGAUCUGUCACUGUGAGGGUGAUGAUGAGAGCCCUCUGAUCACACCGUGCCACUGUACGGGCAGCCUGCGCUUCGUGCACCAGGGCUGUCUGCAGCAGUGGAUCAAGAGCUCAGACACACGCUGCUGUGAACUCUGCAAGUACGAGUUCAUCAUGGAGACAAAGCUCAAGCCGCUACGCAAGUGGGAGAAGCUUCAGAUGACGGCGAGUGAGAGGAGGAAGAUUAUGUGCUCGGUCACUUUCCACGUCAUCGCCAUCACCUGCGUCGUGUGGUCUCUGUACGUGCUCAUAGACCGGACCGCCGAGGAGAUUAAACAAGGGAUCCUGGAGUGGCCGUUCUGGACCAAGCUCGUGGUGGUGGCCAUCGGCUUCACUGGGGGACUGGUCUUCAUGUACGUCCAGUGCAAGGUCUACAUCCAUCUAUGGAGAAGACUCAAAGCGUACAACCGGGUCAUAUACGUUCAGAACAGACCAGACUCGUGUAAAAAACUAGCCUUGGACAAACCUAUCCUAAUGGAACCCAACCUGGAGAACAAAGAGACGCUGGCCCCAACCCAAUCGGACACAAACUCCUCCCAGUACACGGAGACGGAGGAGUACUGCAUGGAAGUGGUCAACGUCUGACGGACACCUUGGGGAAAAUACAUUUGAAGGAUCGAAGUAAAGUAGUCCGUGAUUAAAACAAGCAGACUUUUUUUUUGGACCAUUUUAAAACUUUCAAAAUGGACGCUUCUAACGAUUUGAUCUCAAGAGCCAAAAGACUCCGUUGAGGUCCAAAAACGUAAAUGUGUUGUCAGUGGCGGUUGAUGGCGUGUACGUAGGUUUGAUUUUUUUGAGAUUUCCAAGCCAGUUUUUCCUGUUGAUAGUGAAUAAAACGGAGACCAGGAGAAAACCGAGCAAACGCCAACCUUGGAUUUGUAAGGGUGUUGCUUUUUAGCGUCGAAGCACUUUUGUUUUUAUUAUUUUGACCUGAAAUGACACAUUUCAUUUCAAUUGACUUUUUGGUGGGACAUCGUAUGAACAUCGAACGGAUGACAAAAACGGAUGAUGGAAAAAGGAAUUAUGGAUCAAAAAAGGAAUAUUUCAAUUGCAGAGUGUUGGACGCAACGUGGAAUUCAGCAUAAUUCAGCGUAAUCGUGAUUCCAGCGUCAUACUGAGCAGGCGAAUGUAAACUUUUCGACAAAAAAAAUUGUAAAAAAAAAACAAAAAACAAACAAACGAGCAACUUUUUGUACGGUAAACACAAGACAAGAAAGUACAAUAUUAUUACUGGAGUCUUGGGGGGGGUUCGUGAAUGCUACAAUGUGAUAAUCCACGUGCAGUUUUGAGAUGCCUUCAGAAAUCUACUGCCGAUUUUUAAAGUGCCCAUAUUACGCUAUUUUCUGAUCGAUGUUAUAAUGUUCUUUCGUCGUCACAAACAAACCUGGGGUCGUGUUUUGUUUCGUUCACACAAACCCUCCGCAUUGGUGGUGAGUUCUUCUCUCAAACGAAAACGAAAAAUACAAGAAGCACUCCAUUUCUGCUCUGGAAUUGAUGAUCUCAGCUGAAAUAAAGGUAGAUACUAACUAGAAAACUACAGCUUCAUGACAUCAGAAGGUGGAACAGAGCAUUUUGAACUUCGGAGAUGUAGACAAACUAAAAAUGCAGGUAUGAAUGAAAUAAAACACAACUCCAGGUAUGUUUUUGAGGUAACAAUAUUCUAACAACAACAAUUUUGUGUAAUAUAGGAGCUUUAAAUCUGUACAACGCCUUUUUGUUUUCUGGCGUUUGAUCCCUGGAAAAGCAGAAAGCCCAAAUGAGGUCUUUGAUGUUGGCUCUUCUCGACUAUGGUUUUCGCACAGUUCAGAAGUCGAUACGUUUUCAGACAGCAGCGAUGUUCAGACACGAUGUUAACAGCUUCGCGAAUGUGAGGGCUGGUGGUGAAUAGAGAGAGAGACUAUCACAUCUGCCUAUGUGGCCUGCAAAAUGGAUGCUUCAACUUGACUUUGGCUGUGUUCAAAAUCAGACACUGUAGUAUUCCACAUAUAAGCACUCAAAAUAGUUGUUGUUUUCUGUUUUUUAUUAAGUUACUUUCUUGUAGAGGGCGCACCAGUUGCUUGUUUCCAUGAAGAUGUGAUUGCUUUGACUGCAGUGUUCCAAACUAUGGCAUUAAACUUCUCAAACUACAAAGAAAGAAGCAGGAGACGCCACCAGACCAGUUUACAGGUGAGAUCUGUGAAGAGGCGGCUCUACUCAAUAUAGUGCCACGGGAUUUACAGAAAAUGAAUAACAAAAGAAAAAAAAAAAAAACACCAAAAAAAUUAUUAGACUGUAACCAGACUUAGGCCCCGUCCGCACUAGUGCGUAUUCGAGUCGUUUUCGUUGCGGAUGCAGUGUUCGUCCACACUAAUCCGACUGAAAACUGCUCCAGAGACGGAACGAUCUGGUGCCGCCAGCUCCCACGAAUUCAUUUGAGUAUGGAUCUGGUUCGGCACAGUGUGGACGCCUGAAAACGCUGGUACGCUGAUGUAGGUCUAUGCGCCGUGACGUAAUUCACGACCAAAACGCUAAGAGGCUAGAAUAUAUGUCCAUACAGUCUGUGCGUACGACCUGCAGACGUAUAAUCUCUGAAAAGUUUCACAUGAACCAUCUCCAACGCGAUAGAAGCACAGAACAGACUCACCAUCAGCAGAACACCCCUCUGUCACAGAAUGAACACUCAUAAUCCACUGAGUCUUGUCAUUUAUUCUGACAGAAACUGAAUCGCAUCAGCGCACAAUAGCGAGCUGUUUUUUGAGCGCUUAGUUCAUGCAAAUUAGCCAUGCGGUUUUAAAGUUUCAUUUCUGUAAAACGUAAACAAAUAUGCUCAAAGCUGUGUGGAUAGGGAAGGCUUGUGGACACAGAAACGAUGUGUCUGGACGCAGAUCGUUUCCGAUACGGUGAUACAGUGAUUCGUUUCAGUGUAAACGUAACCUUAAGGAAGUGCAGGAUUCUAUGGCUAUACUGUGGAACAUUCCAGACAAGCAUAACAUCACCAUGGAGACAAGUAUUGCAUAGCGGACACUCCACUCCACGAAAAAAGUUACAGAGUACACCUUUAAAGCAACCUUUUAGUUUAAAAUUCAUUCAAAUACCAGACACCAGGUCUUGUUUGUGAAUUCUAGAAGUAAUUUGACCUUUUCAGUAGAACGUGGAUGUACUUUUACUUUUUCAGUCAUCAGUCAAACUUUAUUUAUAGAGCAAAACAACACAACACAAAGCGCUUAUUAUAAUUUUUUUACUAUUUCUUUCUUCACUUUGCACUUUAAGGUAUUUUAUUGUAUAUGCAAUGUGUAGUAUUCUUGCCUAUUGUAACAAAAUCUGCUUUUCCCUAGCAACCACCAACAAAUAAUCUCAUUGGCUGGCAAAAAAUAUAUUAAUUUCAACAGUUUGACCCUGAAAAUUGUGUUCAAACCAUAGACUGUAGCCUAUAUAAUAUAUAAAUGGACAUAGUAAACCUGCUUGCUGCUGCGUUCCAAAUAGGAAGUGAACACUGGAGUGCUUCUGGCUCCAUCGACUUUGGCUCCAGUUCACUUUGUAUUGAAAAAACGUAACCGCUUUCUAUGUAACUGCUGCUGUCAGACUCCUAAUUUUGGUCUUAAAAAGUUCGUCUUAACCCGCUCUGUGUGAUCCUAGUGUUUUUAUUUCGCGAUUUUGUUUGUCAAUCAAUUUGACUCAGUUCAAUUUUCCUUCUAAUAAUUCUGAACAGAAUCUUGUAUUUUGUACAGAAGUGUUUUGGUUUUAUUUUAGUGAGAAACAAUUGUAAAUAUUAGAAAAUGAAUGAUUGUAAAAUGUUUAGUUUUAGUUUAAUAUUUUUCCUGGUUUAAUUUAACUUUCGAGAGACAAUUUCAAACUCCGGCUCUUUGUCGUUCCUUCGUCUUUCCUUGUUUAACUCUAAACCACUUUCUUAUUUUAGUCUUGUCCAAAGAUUUACCGUUUUUAUGAACUCUAAAAUUCAACAUCACACUCCCUUAGUUCAGUUCUCUAUACUAUAAUUUAUGGUUCGAACAAAUAAAGCUACAUUUUGUGUUUAAAUUAAAAUCACAAAUACCACUUAUCUUUUUGCACAGAGAAUAAUUAUGAAUGCAUUUUUGAACACAGCCUUGGUUUGCAGCGUCCAUCUUUAGAAGCACAUGUGACAAUGGUACAAAUAGUACUGAGCACACGUUCACCCUCUGCAAUAAAAAAAACAAUGCAAUACAUCACGUGGACAGCAGGUUAUCAGGGGUCAGAGCGGAGAGGCGCAGAAGACGGCUCCCUCUGCUGGUGGAAGCGCGUCACUGCAGUCGAUUUCUGAAGGCACUUUUUAUUGGAGCUUUGUGAGUGCUUUAUGUCUGUCCCGAGCACAGCCACACCAAGCAUUUUUAAAACAACUUUGAUACCACUUUUCUGUGUAAUCAACUCCACUUCUGGUCAUGAAAACUGCUCAGCGCCAGCAGCAAUAACUCAACAGUAAUGAUCGAUGUAUUUGAAGUUUUGUGUUCUAUUGACUUGACUUAAGAAAACUCCAUUACCCACAAUGCUCUGUGCAGUUAGACAGAUAAAAAGUGCAAUUAUGAAUGAUAUUUGUUGUUCUGUUUUAGUCCCUGUAUGGUGUUUUUCAUGUCCAGGGUCAGCUCUGGGGUUAACUUGAUUUGUUUUUUUUGAAUAUUAUUUCUUCUUUUUGUGUCGUAUUUAUUUUGAAAAGAGUUUUAAAGAGAGUUUAUCAAUUUAAUAUCCCGUCAUGAGUGAUUUUAUGCAUUUUACACUUGCAUUGUUCAGGAAGAGUAGAGUUAUUCUAAGUUUUACAUCAGGGGUCUCCAACCUCUCUCUUCUGGUGAGCUACCUUUACAAAAAACAAAAUAAAUAUGUGAUAAAUAUAAGUAAAAAUAAUAAAAGAGUAAUAAGUAAGUAAAAUAAGAGUCUCAGCAAGCCUGUACAGUGAGAUGUCUAUAAACCACACACCAUUGUCUAGUUAUUAAUGCUCAAAUUAGACAAAAGUAUACAUUUACAGUUGUGAUACACAUAUUUAUCAAAUUUUUGUUAUCCAGCACAAUACAUAUACAUAUAAUUCAGAAUUUGUUGAGCUGCUUGGAAGUGGAUGGAACUACAGGCUGGAGACCCCUGUUUUAGUUAUUUGUAGCUAUAAUAAAGUUUAUGUUCAUUAAUAUAUUAACUUAUUUGAGUUAAUUUAACAGUGGUAUCGAAAUGUCACAAGACAGAUGCCACAUAAGAAGUUUAUUAAUGAAAAGGAGGAGAAAAGGAAAGAAAAACAUUCUAAAAUGUAUUUAAAACACCAUACAACAAUGCAAAAAACUGCAAAAUUUAAAAGUGCAUUGUGUAAGUUUUCUAGGGGAGGCUCGUUUUUGCGUCGUCAGUAUGGCAUUAAAGCUUUCUAUCUUAAUUGGGAUGAAGCCAGACUAUGUUACAGGUCAGAUCUGUGGAGAGGCGACCCCGCUAACAGUCAGAAUCCCUGUUUUAUUAGAUAUUUUUGAGCUAUAAAACCACUUGUAAUUGAAUAAAUGUAACUUAGAGCUGUUUAAUGUCAUACUGUGGAACAUUCCAGGCACAGAAACAAGCAGGUGGCAGACCGUCCACCAGUAAAGUUACACAAUGCAACUUUAAACAUAGUUAAAGUUAAAAGUAUUUUCAAACAGCAAACUCAUCAUAAAACGCAAGAAUAAAUACAAAAUUCUCUUAAUGGAAACCUUUACAAACUGUUAUUUUGACCCUUUUUUUUCCAACUUUUUUGUCUUUCUGAAUGUUGUUUUCUUUCACUCUUUGGUGUUGAACUUUGAAAAUUGUCAUUGUAGUUUGCCCUUGGAGGCCACCGUACAUUGAGUUUUGAAUGGUUCUACUCAAAGGAGCUGGCUCCUGCACCGGGGCACAGUCACAGUGCGGUCCUGAUGCUAACAUGCUAAUAUGCUAACAUGCUAGCUCUCUCUUUUGCCUCUUUGACUUCACGCCGUCCCAGCACACGAGCUUUUGUCAUCUCAUGUUUUAAAGCGUACGGAGAAGAAGAAGAAGAAGAAGUGUGACCUGCAGCUGUUUGUUUACUACUGACUGGACUGUUCACGGUCUUCAGAUCACUCCGCCACUUUGUCUGUGACCUUUUCUUUGGUAGUAACUGUAAAGAAUUUGGUAAAUAAAAAUGUACAUCUGUUUUUAAAUAAAAUCUUGAUGUGUUUUCAGUUUUCUCAUGUUUGAACAAAGUAUGUAGACUUAAAAGAACAACCAAAUAAAGUGGAGUUUCUUUUAGCGCUCGG